AUGGCCCACAUCGUCUUCCUCCGCGCGGCAGCCGCCGACCUCACCGCCGGCAAGCCGUCGCUCGCGGGCGUGCCGUCCUCCGCGCCGCUCUCCGCGGCCGCCGCGGUCAUCCCGUCGUCGCCGGAGGCCGCCGUGGCCGUCUGGCGCGACGGCGCCUCCCCGCUGGCGCCCCUCGCCGCCACCGUCGUCGGGCUGCUCAGCUCCCUCGACGUCGUCGCCUUCGUAGCCUCCCAUGCCAGAGGAGGAGGCGCCGAGGCGGACGCAAUGAGAACUCCGGUCGGUGAGGUGGUGCCGCGGGAGCCGGCGCUGGUCCGCGAGGUCGAGCCCGACGCCAGGUUGAUAGAGAUAAUGGACCUGAUGAAGCAGGGGGCGAGGCGAGUCCUCGUCCGCAAGAACUUCACGGAAGGAUGCCCCAUCAACAAGCAGCCCUUCGCGCCCUUCUACAAGGCCGCGCUCAAGAUCACCGGCACGCCGCGCGCCGCCGCGACCCAAACGGUCAGCCGGUCGUGGUCGUCCACGUUCGGCUGCGACAAGUACUGCUGCCUGACGCGGGAAGACAUCGUCCGCUUCCUCAUCAACUGCCUGGGCGCCCUCGCGCCGAUCCCGCUGCAGUCGAUCUCCUCCCUCGGAGCCAUCAGCCGCGGCUACUGCCACGUCGACGCCUCCUCGCCUGCCAUGGAGGUCGUCUGGAAGAUACCCUCCGACCCGCGCGCGGUGGCCGUCGUGCGGACGAACCGCGACGGGUCGCAUGUGAUUCUCGGGGAGAUAUCCGCUCACAAGCUGUGGAAGCGCGACCAUGUGGCCGCUGCCGACGCGAUGGCGAGGCUGUCGGCGCUGCACUUCGCCACCGGCAUUGACGAGAACGGGGCGGCACCGGCUGCAGCUAAUGGCGUCGGUGCCGGCGCACGACGGGGUGAGGUGGAGAAUGAUAUCGUGCCUUCUCCAAGGUCUAUGAGGUUCAGCAGCAGGAGAAUCGGGUUCUCGGCGUGCCUUGCCAGCCAAAUGGUCCCGAGUCACCGGGAGAACACGGUGCUCACCUGCAAGACCACGAGCUCUCUCGCCGCCGUCAUGGCGCAGAUGCUGGCGCACAGGGCCACGCACCUCUGGGUCGUCCAAGGUGACGACACGGAGGAAGCCAUCUUGGUUGGCAUGGUUGGCUACAUGGACAUCUUCAACGCAGUCACCAGCGGUGUUCUUGUUCUUCCUGCUUGA